AUUUUACCGAUUGUUUUCGUACGGGCUAAAAGCCUUAUCUUGUUCGGGGAAGUGGAAGAGGAUGGAGGUGAAUUCUCUCCUCCGCUUCUCUUCUCCAAAGCUCAAUCUUUCUCCCAACUUCUUCCCCAAUUCUUCUCGUUCUUCUCGUCUUCGGAUUCCUCUCUUACCGGGCUUCCAUCCGGUACCGCAUAAAGGCGUCGUCCUCUCGUCAUCUGCUCGGAAUUCGCUCCCCCUUUCGCCUCCCUGUGCGGUUGCCGAAGCCUUGGAACAAGCGGCGGAGACGUCGAGUGCGCCAGGAGCCUCUUCGCCCUCGAAGGUCGACAAGAGCGGGAGGUUCUGUAGCCCGAGAGCUGCUCGCGAGCUCGCUCUGAUGAUUGCUUAUGCUGCUUGUUUAGAAGGGUCUGAUCCAGUUCGGCUCUUUGACAAGAGAGUGAACGCGAAAAGAGAGCCUGGUUAUGUUUUCGACAAGACCGUCCUGCUGCAAUACAAUCACAUGAGCUUUGGCGGGGCUCCUGUUGAGGUAGAGACAGAAGAAGAGGCAGAAGAGUUGAUGCUACAAAAUGAUAAGGAUUCUGCAAACGAAGAAGAAGUUUUAUCAGCCCCUCCAAAGUUGGUCUACAACAGAUUUGUUUUGCGCUUCACAAGGGAUAUGUUGGUAGCUGUGGUUGAUCGGUGGAAUGAUCAUGUUCGGUUCAUUGACAAAAUAAUCCCCCAAAACUGGAAGGUCUGGAUGAACCUGCAGCAAGAAUUUUGGAACUCUGCAUUCUGCACCUUGCCAUGGCUGAGAUAACAGCAACAGGAACUAGGCACCAAAUUGUCAUUAACGAGGCUGUUGAUCUUGCCAAGCGUUUUUGCGACGGCUGUGCCCCUCGAGUGAUCAAUGGAUGCCUCCGCACUUUCGUUAAAGAUUAUAACCCAGUCAAUUCUGCCCGGCCUUUAGAGAUGCCAAAAGCUUGAGAAACACUUAUUUGUUGCUAGAGCAAAUGAACGCGAAGCGAGAUGAUCAAACUCUGAUGAGCAGCUGGUCCAUUGUCAUGGAAACUGAACAUGAUUUCGACGAGUUAAGUGGAUGAGAUGAGGAAGGUUGAAGAAUUUGUCGUCUUAACCUGCCAAAGUAGCAUCUGAGAUGCGUAUCAUUAGACUCACCAGUGUAUGCUGAUGCUGUGUUUGAUAGAAAUCAUGUCGCUAAUCGCAUACUUACUCUGAACUGUAUACAUAUCUUAGACAUUCUUGUGGAAGUAUCUUCCUUGCUCUUCGGUUGUA